UGGAUUGGUCGAUAAGUUGUCUCUUCCAUUCUUUUGCCGAGUUGCGCAAAAAUUAGCAUUUUUGACUCUCACUCAUCACGGCUGCCAUGUUUUUUUUCAUGUGGGGUUUGUGUGUAUAAAAUAUAUCAUGUUAAUUUAACCCCAUAUAAACUAUUACAGAUUAAAGGGGGUGCACCGAGUGCGUCAUUUGCGAAAAUAGCUAGUGACAAUGCGAUUGCACAUGCACUAGACGCGGUACCGUCUAAAAUCGAACCGCAAGCAAAGAAUACGCCAAAGAAAUUAAUGAUGUAUUAGUACGAAGGUAUUCUUAAGGAUCGAUUUUAAUCACACGGCCCACGGCAAUUGUAAAAUGGACCCUCGAUUUUUGAGCCAGAUGAUGGUGUUAGAUAACGGCAGAGAGUAUCCCGGGCAGCAUGCGUAAGCACAAGAGAGAGAGCCAGGCACUUGCCUGCAGGCCCGCCACAUCCCGAGAACGCAACCAGACUCCAAGCUCCUUCAUCUGAUACCCACACAAGCCACACAGAGGAUAUGCAGUGCUCGGUAACAUUGGAAAGAGAUGUAAACGGUGGGAAAAUAGUGAAGAUGGUUAACAAUGUUAAGAAUACUAGCAAAAAGGACUACAAUCUUGACAACAUUGUUGAUCAACAGUACACAAGAUACCAAGACACCCAGGAACAAGGUAGCACGCUUCGUGCAGGCAUGCCCACUUGUUCAGUGGACCAGACAGAGGCCGUACGUCGAUAUUACGCUGCUUUCCCGGCGCUGAAGAAAGGGCAAGAGUCGCCGCUGCAGUACUAUCUACCGCCGCCCGCCUGGUGUCGCAAGUCAGACGCAGAUCAAAAAGUCAACAUGCAAAGUGAACUGUCUAUGAUCAGUAAAGAUUGGAACUCCAAGAAGAAGUUUUCCACCGGGAAGGAACGUCGCAACUCUUACCACGGGCAGAGGAAAAAUAACAAGAAGCGCUGCAAUAGUUACAGUCGGUCUUUUGAAAGUAAGGAGUGUCUGCCGGAGUGGGUCACGCACGAGGGCGUCUGGGAUAUGGACACGCAGGACCCCGUUAAGGAGUUCAUCAGGGCUAUAGCGCUUGACGAGGGCUACGGUACUUGCGAGAACACUGUCACGGACGAACUGAAGGAGAUAGCGCAGGUCAAGUUCAGACUGAACCAGAACAUGGUGCCUUCAUGGGAUGACAGCCUCGAUUUAGACACCGAGUGGGUCAUCAACGACGACCUCAACCCGAGGGUCCGCACCCCCAUGGAGGACGAGAUGUACGCGAAGUUCGAGGCCAAGUUCGACCGCUCGAUUGAAGCUCUGUGGAAAGAUCAGAAUACUCCAGAUGAUGAGUACCAGGAUCUGCCAAUAGAUUUCCAGGACCUGCUGUCUUCGCCGUCGGACAACCUGUUCGCGGACCCGUCGGUGGAGAAGAGCAUGAUGUCCUUGACGGAGAGCAUAUGGUCGAAUGCUUCGGAGCGCGAGUCACCGUCGCGGCUAGCGGAGGCGCUGCACGACCGCCUGCGGCCGCUGCAGCUGGCGGAGGCGGAAGCGGAGGCGGAGGUGGGAGCGGUGGCGAUAGCGGACCCGGCCGAUAGCUUCGCAGUCUACUCCGAGGUGGACAUCUACGAUGCGGCCGAGAACGUCGCCUGCACUAUGCGCUCGCUCACCGCUAUCAACCAUAGCCGCGAUCGCAGCGGCUUCGUCGAGGUGCCCCCGCGCUCUUGGCCUGGGCCGCCGCGCCCGGCCGCGACCCCGGCGCCGGCGCCGGCGGUGGAGCCGCGCCCGGCCGUGACCCCGGCGACGGUGGCGACGGCGCCGACGGCGGAGCCGCCACCCCCGCCACCCCCGCCACCCCCGCGCCCCGGCUCGGACCUGCUGAGCUCGGCGCGCACGCACUUCCGCCCCAUCGAGCGCGACGCCGGCGCGCGCUACCGCGACGGCGACACCUUCGACAUCCGCGGCGACCUCGACCCCGUGCCCUUCCGCCGCAGCGACUCGGGCGGCGUCUACAUCGAGGGCGAGCGCGAGCGCUACCUCGAGUACCGCCCCGACAAGACCAUCGACUACGGCCGCCUCCGCCUCACCGCCGCCCAGCGCUGCCCCGACUUGGACGACGACGCGUUCAAGCUGCGCUUCCCCCUCCGGCAGCGGGACGCCGCCGUCCAGACGGACCGCGCCGAGCUCUGGUGCGAGGACUGCGGCGGCUCCGCCAAGAAGAAGCGCCCGAGCGCGAUGGAGAGCAUCUGGACGUGCGACGUGACCGCCUGCGACUCCUGUCCGGUCGCCGAGCCCGUUCCGAGACCCGCGUUGCCCCCGGACGAGUUGACGCGCGACUGGGAGGAGCUGCUCUCGGACAUAAGCGCGGCGCACGCCGGCUACACGGCGCCGGAGGCCCCGGACCGCAAGCGGAGGCACUCGGCGGCGCUGCGCUGCGCCGCCGCGUGCUCGCAUCCGCACGCCCGCUUCCUCGCGUGCUGCACGCUCCUCGACCGCCCGCUGACUCGCUAGUUCCACCCCGACGGGAAACUCGGCUACCCUAUGCGGCCCCUAGACUUGAAACGGAACCAUAGAGGACCCAUUGAGAGUAGGAAUCCGAAAACUACGAAAGCCUGGCCUCAAAAAGCAGAUUACUUAGGCUAAAAUGGAUAUAAAAUCUUGCAAUGAACAUACCAAUCCCUGGGUGUUCUUUUGGUUCCUGUUACAAAUCUAUGACAGAAGAAAAUUUUCAAGAGUUGACAUUCAGUUUGAAGCAAUAAGUCUCUGUUACGUGUGUUUUAGUAUUCAGUGUUCAUUAGUAGAGGAAUUCACCUUGCGGGAGUUAUUAAAUUCGCGUUAACGAUUCGAUUACGUAAUGUUCCGGCAGUCGAGUUUCUCGGUGCGGUGUUGAUCCGUGGAACACUCGGCGGCGAAGCGAUUCGCUGUCGAAUGUGGUAGAGUGCAGAUCUUUUGUGAGUAGCAGUCUCUUCGAUUAUUGAUAGCCCCGAUAUCAAAUUGGCGAGGAUACUUUUGAGUGACACUGUUAUACUGUAAAGACCUUUCAUCCGAUUGAAAACACAUCAGUAUCCGAGUUGAUUUGAUUUUGGGGCGUCACUCUAGUUAAGUUUCUUUAAACGAAACCAUCUGCAUUCUGUGUAUAUAUCGCCUUUUAUUCAUCAAGUGUAUUGUUAUUUCGAUAAAUAUCUAUGUGAGAGCAAUUUGACGCGUCCUUGACUGAUGUGGGUGUUUCGACACACUUUCGAGUUGCAUAAUGCGAAGAAAGUUAGCAAUAAAAUAGGAUUAGAGGAGCCUUGAAAGUUGAGUUUACUGGACAGUGUUGCAGGGCUAGACAUGUGCUAACAUAUCUUAUGACUGUAGAUAUUGCGGGAGGAGUUUAAUGUAACAUUAAUUUUAGUUGAACAUUUUCUUUGUAGCGAUUUCAUAUUGAUGUGACGCUGCUCGGUGGAAUGCUCGCGCUCGACGACAUGAUCAACAAUAUUUGGUGUGGAUUGAUUAAUGUGAGAAAAUGUUUCAAAUUCUGCGAUUCGUUUCAAGUGAUUCUCUUACUAAAUUUUGUUUCAGAUAGUUUGUGGCAUAAAGUUAUAGCUGUUCAUAUUUUAAUCGUAGAUUCGUUAUAGUUUAGCUGUCGCAACGCAAACCUGCGCGCUAGCAUUCCACAUCGAGCACAGAGGACGAUUCUAAUAUAAUUCUUACAAUAAUAUCGUCCAAAAUUGUUUAAAAAUUGUUAUUAUAAAGUGUAGGUAAAGCAGCUAUUUUAUUUUUGUUAGUAUUUUUUCGUUUACGUUUUCUGGCGAUCUAAAUUCAAUUUUAAAUGUUGAAACGGUAUAGGAAUAUCGUUCUGUUACUUCGGUCGGAGUCGGAUUGCGUACGCGACGAUACGUCCGCGGUUCGAAGAGAGGUUUGUUUUAGCGGUUUGUCCAUAUGUCUAAGUUUUAUACGCGGCGAUUUUAUUGAGUAGCCGCAAUAUGUAAUCUUAGGACGGCGGGCCCUUGAGGGAGGGCUGUACCCGGUUGUACUUGUAUGUACACACGACGGUCUGCUCGGCGGGGGAGGCCCGCCGGUAGAGGUAACGAGAGGAGGGCGCGCCCGGCGCCCCAUAUGGUUGGUAGGAUUUUUGCGCCGCCCCCGCUUGUAAUUUCCCCGCAAUUUUGGACAGAGAAUACCUAUUGUUGGAAGCUUUUUUUCCUUAUGAAAUGGUGCGGCGCUAUUACGAGCGGUGGCGGCAAAUUGUAACAUAAUUUACUGCUAAUAUGAAUUGUAACGGUUCAUAUAGGCGUAACUGUUAUAUUAUAGUUUAUGUAAAGCAUAAGAAGUGCAUGUUAUAUUUUCUUAUAUCCUCAUUUUAUAGAGGGCGGUUAUAGGCGGAGCGUGGGGGGGUACUGUCGAGUUUGAUUACGCGGUACGCUCGCCGAGCCCGCGCGUUAGGCCCCGUCAAUACUUUAUUUAUUUCAUUUAAAACCAUGCCUAGUUACAAUUUCAUAAAGGUUAAUGUUUCACGCAGAUUUUGCUACUUUAUAUGUCGUGUUUUUAUAUAUUUUUUUGUAGUGUGAUUUACUUUUGUUUGUAAUAACUGAAAACGAAAAAAUAUAGAAAAAAAACAUUACAAAAUUUCCGUUAGAAAUGCUAAUAAUGUAUAUAUUGUAUACUAUCGUGAAUUUAAUGUGUAGUCUUUUCAGUUUUUAUUAUGUAUGUAUUGUUGUAUGUUUUAUUUGGUUUGUUUGAGUGGUUGAAAUGUCCAGCCGAGGCUCAAUGUCGCGUUUCGGACAUAUCAGGCACUGAAAUAAGCUUCAGAUAAUCUGUUUAUACAUUUAACUCAUUAGUAUGGUGGAGUAUUUUUAAAGUCAUUCAACUAAUUAAUUCAUUUCUAUUACGUCACAGUUCAUUGAUUCCAUCACAGUUUUAUUUUCUGUCAUAAGUUUAUAUAUUGUACUUAUUAUUCGCUAAACGAUACCUUGAUAAAAAAAAUGUUAAAAAAUCUCAAAAAAAAUUUAUAUAGAGUCAAGUUUGCAUAUUAUAUUAUGUUUGAUUAGAUAUUAAUCUCAUGUAAUGUGCCUAUGCACUUGAUGUCAGGCUUCGUAACAUCUUGGAGCGAGCUAAGUUGGUGGCGGCUAAAAAAAGGGGACGCUAUUUGCACGAACACCGAGUUGCUGCCAACUUCGUCGUGUUGUGCCAAUUUACAUUAAAGUUGGCACAACACAACAUACAGCUUGGCCGUCGAAUUUACUUGCAAACGCUUCAUUUUCAACAUUAACGAGCAUAACAUCUAGCUUUGAAGUCUGCAAGUGAUUCAAGGACCAAGCUAGUCCCCGAAAUCACAAACACUUUGCCGCCCAACGCGGAAGAGCUUUUCGUCAUAAUGUAUCGGUAAUUCGAAACUUUCACAGUCAGCGAAUUGUUGUACUGAUCUUUGUUUACAUAAUGUUAUCUAUAUGUUUAGUCGAGAGUGACACGAAUUUUCUCCUUACAUUCGGACACGUAGCUUCACAGCACACGUUUUAAACCGCCGUGAGCUCUCGACAAUCAAGUCGGCCUGUAACCGAUCGCGGACAGCCUUGGUUACGUGCAUAUUUGUGUACACCUGUCGAACUAUUUCUUUUUCCAAGUUUAAAAUCAUUAGAAAUAAAGAUUAUCUUAUAGACCGGGGUAGGAGCAGUAUGCGCAGGGAUUUCACGUCAAGCUUCAUUUGAAAAUUCGCACAGAUCUUGUACAGUCAGCAGUAGUUACGCAGAAUGAAAUUUUAAAAUGUGCACUAGCCGCAUUAUCACAUAGGUAUUAGAGUUAGACCAAGAAAUGUCUGCAGCGAAUUUGAUAGCCCUAGACAGUGCAAGUGUUAUUUAUACGUCAUAAUUUCAUAGAAGUUUGACGUUUAAAAUAACACUUGCACUGCGUGGGCUAUCAAAAUCUCUGCAGACUCUUAUUACAAUUGUCGUAUAUUUUGCUGUCGGUGGAAAAGCGACGUAUUGCGACGAAAUUCAUGUGCAGAUUAUUUUGAACACUUACGUAGCUUAAUUUACUGCAGACUGUACCUUUCCUAAAUUAUCAAAUUUACUGCUUAAUCUGUAACAAAAACGCCUUCUGUAUUUUUAAAUCACUUUACCUUUUGAACACCCUAAUUGAUUUUGUAAGUAAAUAUAGAGAUAGAAAGUACUAGUAAUAUCGAGAUGUAAAGUUAAAUUUGUAUGUUUUGGUCUUUAGAUUUUACCUAGGCCCUACGGAAUUCAUUAAAGAUUGUUUAGCAGUGGUAUCCCUGAUAAUAGUUACCAUUUUCAUAAUGUUAGGUUGUGCUCACUACUCUGGUACUUGCCACCUAUGGAAGAAAAUAAAAAAUAAACAAUC